GAUUCUUCACUGCUUAUCUCCUGGGCCACUUACCUGACCCAUCUUCACACUUGCUUAUCUCAGCUACUGUCUUGACAGCAUGGAUGUAGUGGAAGAUGACUUGUCUCUGCUGACGUCUCUGCUGGAGGAGAACGAGGCAGCCUUGCCUCCUAGUUCAGAAGAGAGUGGCUCCUUGCCUCUGGAAGACGGGCAACCGGAUGAAUUCGAUGAGCUCUUUGAUGCUGAUGGCGAUGGCGAGUCUUACACAGAAGAGGCUGACAGUGCAGAGGAGGGAAAGACAGAAAACCAGGGAGAAAACCUGGCCACCCUAUUCGGUGAUGUAGGGGAUUUAACAGACGACGAAUUCCCUUCCUUGCAAGUUGAAAACAGCACCCUCCCAGCUUCUGCUCCCAGCCAAGAAAAAACCAACCAGGAGUUGCAAGAUGAAUUAAAGAAGUUGCAGGAACAAAUGAAAGCCUUACAGGAGCAGCUAAAAGCAGCAUCAAUUAAACAGCCUCCAGGUGCAUCUCUGCAGCCCCCUCUUAAGGAGAAGAAAGUUCGGCGAAUUCAGGAGUCAGCAUGUUUCUCCGCAGAGCUUGAUGUCCCUGCUUUACCCAGAGCCAGGCGGGUGGCCCGGACGCCAAAGACUCCUGCAGAGUCAUCCUCAAGGACAAGUGCGCCCUCCCAGCCACUACAGCUUAUUUCCAAUUUUCCAGAGCCUAAAAGCUCCUCUUCAAGGUCGACGAGUGCACCCUCACCACAAGCUGUUCCUGGAGACAAACCCAGUGGGAUGACUAGAAAUCAGAGCACAGGGACCCCUGGGAAUGCCGGGGAACAGGCUCCCCAGGCUCCCCAGGUCUCUGUGGAAGCCUUCUCAGGCCUGCGCCUCAGGCGACCUCGAGUAUCCUCCACAGAAAUGAACAGGAAAAUGACAGGCCGGAAACUGAUCAGACUGUCUCAGAUCAAGGAGAAGAUGGCAACCGAGAAUCUGGAGGAAACAGACUGGGUGACAUUUGGGGUUAUCCUGAGGAAGGCCACUCCACAGAGCACUAACAGCGGGAAAACAUUUAGCAUCUGGAAACUGAACGACCUUCGUGACCUGACGCGGUGUGUGUCCUUGUUCUUGUUUGGAGGAGUUCACAAAGAUCUGUGGAAGACAGAGCAAGGGACUGUCAUCGGGCUGCUCAACGCGAACCCCAUGAAGCCCAAAGACGGCUCCGAGGAGGUGUGCUUGUGUAUCGAUCAUCCUCAGAAAGUCUUAAUUAUGGGAGAAGCUAUGGACCUGGGAACCUGCAAAGCCAAAAAGAAGAAUGGAGAGCUGUGUACACAGAUUGUUAAUUUGCAUGACUGUGAAUACUGCCAGUAUCACAUCCAGGCCCAGUACAAGAAGCUUAGCGCAAAGCGGUCUGACCUGCAGUCCACUUUCUCCGGGGGACGGAUUCCAAAGAAAUUCCGCAAAGGCAGCAGCCUGAAAGAGCGCCUGUGCCAAGAUGGCUUCUACUAUGGCGGGGUUUCUUCUCAAUCCUUCGCGGCGUCCAUGGCAGCAGCUGUUGCUCCAAAGAAGAAGAUUCAAACCACUUUGACUAAUCUGGUUGUGAAGGGUGCAAACUCCAUCGUCCAGGAAGCAAAACAAAAACUUGGAAUCCCCCAGAAGAGCUUGUCCUGUUCCGAGGAGUUUAGGGAUUUGAUGGCUCUGCCCACAUUUGGAGCCAGAAACUUGAAGCAUUUAGCCAAAGCCAAGGCUUCAGGCAUAAUGGGGAGCCCAGCGUGUGCCAUCCAGUCUAUCUCGGCAUCCGCCCUAUUAAAGCAGCAGAAACAGCAGAUGCUGGAAAUGCGGAAGCGGAAAUCAGAGGAAAUACAGAACCGCUUCCUCCAGAGCUCAAGUGACGUCCAGAGCCCAGCGGCGCCGAGCUCCUCUCCACAGGCUGCUGCCCAGUCUCCUCAAACCGGGGCUGAGUUCCCCAGGUUGGAACGAGCCAAUACCCCCCGGAUGCCUAAGCUUGGUAGAGGCGUCUCAGAAGGGGAUGACGUUCUCUUUUUUGAUGAAUCACCACCACCAAGACCAAAACUGAGCGCGGCAGCAGAAACUAAAAAGUUAGCUGCUAUUGCAAAAUUAAGGGCAAAAGGCCAGAUUCUUACAAAAACCGAUCCAAACAAUAUUGUAAGGAAGCAGAUGGACCCCCGAGACGUGCUGGAAGUGAAGGAGCGUGCUGAGAAGAGCAACACAGUUUCUCCUGAAGACGAGCAGGAGCCUGCCAGGAAAAAAAGGAGAGAGCAACUGGCAUACUUGGAAUCAGAGGAAUUUCAAAAAAUUCUACAAGCAAAGUCCAAGCACACAGACAUCCUGAAAGAGGCCGAGGCUGAGCUACAAAAAUCCUAUUUUGAGCCACUGGUGAAAAAGGAACAAAUGGAAGAAAAAAUGAGAAGCAUUAGAGAAGUGAAAUGCCGAGUUGUGACAUGCAGGACGUGCACCUACACGCACUUCAAGCCUCUAGAGACCUGCGUCAGCGAACAGCACAGCCUCCAUUGGCAUGACGGCGUGAAGAGGUUUUUUAAAUGUCCUUGUGGAAACAGAGCUAUCUCCCUUCACAGGCUCCCAAAUAAGCACUGCAGUAACUGUGGCCUCUACAAAUGGGAGCGGGAUGGCAUGCUAAAGGAGAAGACUGGUCCAAAGAUAGGAGGAGAAACCCUGUUGCCAAGAGGAGAGGAGCACGCCAAGUUUCUGAACAGCCUUAAAUGACCCUCUCUUUAGACAUCUUCUCACAACCGCCUUGCUUCUGUGGCUCUGAGAAGCAAGAGACUGGCUCUGCGUCAUCCUUUGCCCUCGUUGGCACCACGAGAAGACGUGCUUGAUAAACACACUGCCCACUCACUUCGCUCUGUGCUGGUUUGCCGCCAUAUUUAACUUUGACAUGCACCUGAGAAAUGAGGGCACUGUGGCUUUCCCUCAUGUUACACAUGCCUGCCUUACAGCAGACACAGAUUGUUGACCCGAAACUGAAAGGAGACCCCAG